AUGGUCACCGUCAAGUACCUGGGACUAUACGAUUAUCGGCCAUCAAUUCCAGCCGCAGUGGUCUUCGCUAUUCUCUUUGCAAUAACAACGGCAUUUCAUCUAUUUCAACUUAUAAAAACUCGUUGUUGGUUCCUUGUGACAUUUGUUAUUGGAGGUUUUCUUGAAUGCAUUGGAUAUGUCGCGCGAGCCUAUUCGUCUACUCAAUAUCCUAACUAUACCAUGGGGCCAAUGUUGAUAGCCUAUAUCUUCAUUUUGGUAGCGCCGGCUUUACUUGCGGCUAGCAUUUAUAUGGAGCUAGGUCGCAUUAUGAUCAUGACAGAUGGUAAUAAUUACUCCCUGAUCCGACGCACAUGGCUUACAAAAAUCUUUGUUGUUGGAGAUAUCGCGUCAUUUGUGAUCCAAUUCAUUGGCGCCGCCAUGCUCUCAAAACAAACCGCCUCUGCUCUUGAGACGGGUGAGGAUUUUAUGAAGUUCGGUGUUCUUGUACAGAUCUUAUUCUUUGGCUUAUUCGUCAUUACCGCGGCCAUUUUUCAUAUGCGGUUCAAUAAGAGUGGGAGCACAAGGAGGUGGGCAACACCGUGGCAGAAACAUAUGAUGAUCAUCUACGCGUGUAGUAUGAUGAUUUUCAUACGAUCGAUCUUUCGACUAGCAGAGUUUUUCCAAAGCUCCGAUGGGUAUCUAAUGCAGAAUGAAUGGGUGUCCUAUGCAUUCGACGCAUUCUUGAUGCUGGCCACGAUGGUGCUUGUGAAUGUUGUGCACCCAGCCGAGAUAUCGACGUUUAUCAAGGGAAAAGUUCCAGACGAGGAGCAGAGAUUUGAAAGGCCUUUGUGA